AUGGCUGUGCAGUUUGUGUUUCUGAUCAUUCUUUUGUUGGCGCCAUUAGAUGCACUGCUUGCAGCAGCACAAUCCAUGGCAAAGCCUAAUUGCCAAGCUCAAUGCGGAAACGUUGACAUUCCGUACCCCUUCGGAAUGGAAGCCGGUUGCUACCUGAAUGAGAGGUUCAGAAUACACUGCGACGCCAAAAAUACUCCUAGUCUUUCCAUAAACGCCAUCAAUCUAGACGUGUUGAGAAUUUCUGUUGAUGAAGGCACCAUUCAGGUCAAUUUUCCGAUUUUCUAUUCAAGAAACUGUAGAGGUAAGGAAAGCAAUCCAAUGAUUGCGAAUUUGGAAGGAAGCCCUUUUGUGUACUCAGAAAAAGGGAACAGAUUUGUUGUGGUGGGUUGUAACAAUAUUGCCUUGUUGACACAAAAUGACUCUAUCUAUGGUGGGUGCAUGUCCAUUUGCGACGACAAAAGCAGCAGCUCUGCUUUAAAUCAUGCCAGUUGCAAUGGAAUCAACUGCUGCCAGAUGAAAAUCCCCUCCCAUCUGAAGUCUGUCAAUGCAGUAUUCAAAGAUUUAGAUGAUGUUAGAGGAAGAGGCAGGGAUCAAUGCAAGCAUGCCUAUUUAGUAGAUAAAAAAUGGUUCAGCGAUAGGCUCAAUAGUAGCCUGGAGAUCCCCUACUCAGUGACAGUUAUGGACUACGUUCCUGUGGUGCUAGACUGGAUGAUAGAUUAUUGGAUAUUUGACUCUCUUCAAAGGAAUGGAUCAUUGCCAAAUAAUGAAACAUAUUACUGUCGAACUUACAAAUCCGAAAACAUUCCAAGCAAUGAUCAAAAGUCCAUGAUUAAAUGUUCUUGCAGCGGUGGCUAUCAUGGGAAUCCUUAUCUUCCUGCUGGUUGUUCAGGUAAACUUUCUCUUCAUCAGACAUAA